AUGAAUCAGGUGCAGUUGGAGUAUCUCGAGGUGAAAGAGGGUCUGCGGGUGCUGGAGGAGGAGGCAAAGGAUAUCAAGAGCGAAGAAGAACGACUGCUGAACAAAGAGAAGAAGAUCGCGAAGUUGUCGAGGUUGAACGACUCGUUGAUGAAGCAGAUCGGCAAGUGGGAGACAGCACUGCAGAGCAAGUCAGACGCGGUCGACGAGCUCAACGAGGUCAUUGCCAGCUUGUCAUCCCAGAAGAAGCAGCUGGAAGAGACGGUUGUCCAGCUGAACAAGAGAUGCGACGCUGUGAGCGAGCAUCUCCGCAAGAGCAACUCUCAGCUCAACGUCCAGUCUGCGCGCCUGCGCUCCCUCAUCGACUUGUCUUCGGCUCUUGCGCUCUCCGUCCUCCCUCUGGCCUCGAUCCCGGAGGAGAACAGGCGCAUGUACGUCGGCUUCCUGUACAGGUGA